UUUCAUUCUUAUCUUCAUUCGACAAAAAUUAAAUUUAACUCUACAAAUUAUUGAUUAUAUCAAUCACUCCACUUUCAAAGUCAUCAUGAAGUUUAUCUUAAUGUUUAUUAUCGUCAUUGUAGCUUUCAGCGCUUUUGCUUCAGCUAAUGAGCCGCGUAUUACUCCCGUUGAAAAAAGUUCAUCUUUGGUAGCAAGAGCUGGUACUUGCCCAUCUGGAACUUAUGCAUGUGCAGAUAAAGAAGGGGGAUGUUGCUCAGAUGGUACAUCUUGUUUACCUAACUUCCAAUGCAGCGGUAGUGGAAAAUCUAGUGGGGCGACUUCUACUACUAGUAGUGGGGUAGCUUCAUCAACAAUCUCACUAAUUCUCUCAAUUGCAGCUUAUUUUUAUUUAGUUUAACUAAUAAUAUUUAUGCUGUAGUUUUUUUCUUUUGAAAUUUUUUAAUUAUUA